UGGAUCCGUUUACCUUUUCCUCAUUCGUGUUCUGAUUCUUGUUCUCGCCGUGACCUUCAGCCCGGGGCGGCGCUGCGUGGGAGGCGUCAGGCCGAGGUGGAGGAGAGCGGCCUCUGUGACUUCGGCAGCCAAGGCGCUUCUACCUGGUGCAGCUGGAGCUCUCCGGGCCCCGACGCCGCCUCCAGGGUGGACACAGAGGGCGCCGCAUCAGCCUGGACGCUCUCGACUGGGAUCAACUCGCUCUGGGUUGGCGGCCCGCUCAACGACACCACCGGGGAUGACAGGGGAGGGUACGCCUUCCACGAGACGUCCAGCACGCCCGCAAGACUCGCGUCGCUCGCCGUCAUGGAGUCCGAAAUGCAGAGACCGACGGGCGCCGCGGGUAAGUGCCUCAAGUUCUGGUACUUCCUGGACGGCCUGAGCGCCAAUGAGCUGCGCGUCAAGGUGCGCAAGAUGGGGGAGGAGGCGGCCGUCACCAUCUGGCAGACCCGAGACCUCACCCGCGGGGACUGGCGGGAGGCGCAGGCCCUCUACACCUUCACCGACAACCACACGGUAAUCGUGGAGGCUGUUCCGGCGGCGGCGGGGGACCCCUUUAACAUCUUCCGAGGACACAUCGCGGUGGACGACUUGGGGACGCGGCCCGGCCAGGAGUGCAUCGGCCUGUGUUCCUUCGAGGGCGGCAUGUGUGACUGGAACAACGCCCUCACCGAUGACUUCGACUGGCACCUGGGCCGCGGAACUCAGAACCCAAUCACGGGGCCGCCAAGAGACCACAGCAGCUCCCAGGGUGACUCUCUCGGGGGGGCGUACGUGUUCAUGGACUCCUCGUUCCCCCGAAGACCCGGAGACGUGGCCAGGCUGGAGAGCAUUGAAUUCCAGGCCACCGACCCCAACAACCCCCCCUGCAUGCGGUUCUACACGUACAUGGCGGGGCGGGGCGUGGGUCGUCUACAGGUGCUGCUGGAGGACGUGGUGACGCGUAAAGAGAAGAUUCUGUGGGCGCUGCGGGGUCACCAGGGCACGCGGUGGGUUCAGGGGCAGCUGGCGCUCUCCUCCAGCACCCCGUUCAAGGUGGUGUUCGAGGGCACGGUGGGCAAGCCGCGCCUCGGGGACAUCGCCCUGGAUGACAUCACCAUCGUCUCGGGGCCCUGCGCGAUCCUCCCCGCCGCCGCUUCGCUGCCGUCCUCCGGUGACUGCACCUUCGAGGAUGACACCUGCGGCUGGACCAACCCCGACUCCCGCCAGCGCGUCGACAACCUGCAGUACCUGAGGGUGAGGGCGUCGGAGUACUCCUUCCCCACCACGGACCACAGCACGGGCUCCAGGCAAGGUUCCUACAUGACGCUGGAGAACCCGACGAGGAAGCAGGAGGGCGACCAUGCGUGGCUGGUGUCACCCAUCAUGCGUGCCGAAGGGCUGACCAAGUGUCUCUCCUUCUGGUAUCUGAUGUUCGAGCCCCUGAGCGAGGUGGAGCCAAACCUGGGGUCCCUGAGCGCCUUCCUGCUGCGCGAGGGACCGUCCGGCGCCCUGGUCCUCACGCCCGUCUGGACGCUUCAGAACUUCCAGGGCCUCACGUGGUACUUCGCACAGACGCCGCUCAGGGCCGAGGGGGACUUCCAGGUGGUGCUGGAGGCGGUCUGGGGCGCCUCCAAUAGCUCCGGCAGGCUGGCCGUGGACGACAUCAGUAUCUUUGACGGAAACUGCCCGACCGUGCCCGAGGCUGCCGUGGUGAGGGCCGGGGACUGUACCUUCACGCGGGGCACCUGCGGCUGGAGGAACCUCACCUCAGACCGAGACUUCGCCUGGACACUCGCUUCCACUCUUCGCCGCCCCCUCGACAUGCGUGACCACACCUAUGGCUCUCCGGGUGGCUACAUCUACUUCGACGUGUUCAACCUCGGCGGGCGGACGCAGCGCCUGCAGUUCGUCUCGCCCGUGAUGGAGCCGCUGCCCGAUCGCUCGCCGCUUUGCUUCACCUUCUGGUUCGCGGGCUUCGGCGCAGACCCGAACACCAGCCUCACCAUAUUCCAGCGGCCCGCCCAGUUACGCUCGUUCCCCGAUCGCCUACUGACGGACCUCUCCAGCGAUAUCCAGGUAUGGAGCCACGUCCUGGAUGACACGUCGGGUUGGCAGUUCGGGCAGGUGCCGCUGCUCGCCGGCUCGCGCUUCCAGGUGGUGUUCGAGGGCCUGUCCUUCAACGGGGGCUACACGCUGGACGACUUCAAGGUGUACGCCGGGGCCUGCACGAAGAGGCCAAGAGAAACCAGCCUCUCCUUCCCUCGCUCCUGAAGGUCGGGACUCAGGUAGCAUCUCCUGAGUAGGGCGACACACUCCGGGCAGCAGGACGAGGCCGCAGGCUUUGCUCUCGCCAAAGGACGAAACCUGUACAGUUAAGAUUAGAGUCUAUCACUGAACUAACCACCAUGGCUUGUGCUGUGUAGUUUAUUUUAACUGUAUAUCUGGUAAUUUUUAAUGUUAGUGUAGGCAUGACCUAAUUUUCUUAACCCGGUAGCAGCGCUGGGCCAAAUUUGUGGCUUUACCAUGUACCAGCGACGGGCCAAAUUUGUGGCUUUACCAUGUACCAGCGACGGGCCAAAUUUGUGGCUUUACCGUGUACCAGCGACGGGCCAAAUUUUUGCUAUGAUAUAAACCCCCCCCAAAAAAUGGAUGAUGCAUAAACUGAUCACAAAUAUGUUAAUGUAUAUUAUGAAAUGAUUUGCGCGAGUGAUGAUUUUUUCUCGCUUAGAGGGGCCUUUAAGAAACAUGAUCCCCGCAGCUACCGGGUUAAGUCUGUGACUGAAUACUGAUCAGUUGAGCCAAACAUCAGAUACCUGUGCAUGUCUGUAGUGCAGGUCAGGAACACCUAUGUACCAGACGUUGUUACAAAGUUGUCUUCGGAAUCUCCGGGCAAAUUAACUGUCCUCGUAGCUCUUUCGUAUGUUUUUUGUAAUAUAGUGUUUGUUUUUUGUCUCCUUUGUGGCCUUGUAAUCAGUGUGUGUUACUUCUGUAUCUUUCGUCUCCAGCUCACCUGUAGUCCUUCGUAUACUAGUGCAUGCUCAGUAGUCAUCAAUUUAGCAUUGCUUCUGUUUUAUCUGUUGUGUGGCAUCCCCUGAAUAUAGGAUUAUCAUUCCCCUUGAUUUAACUUUAUAAAUGCAUUCUGAAAUUAAUUUUCAUUGUCUAUUUUCUCUCAUGCUGCUCUGCACGAUGUUGUUGAUAGAUUUGUCUAUCAGCAAAUGUACAUUUUGUACAUUUCAUAUGUUGCAUUAGAUAUUCAUUUUAUACAAUAUAAUUUAAUACUAGGGGACUAUUUCCUGAGAAGUACUUUUAAUCAUUUUAUUCAAAAGUGGUAUUUAAGUUGUAAAGGUACUAUAGCUUGAAAGCUAAAUGAGGUGUGAAGUUCCUCCCCAAAAAUUAUCAAGCUCAGUUUGCCCAAGGAGAGACGCCUCUUUGAGGACAGAACAAACUGUAGGGAGGCGGGAAUAUCAAGACAGGGUUGUGGGAGUGCAUAAAAGUUUUAGUAUUGAUUGAAUUCAGUGUCAAAUGGAAAGUAACCAAGAAAAGUAUGUGAUUGUUCACCCUCUCAAUUGUGAUCAUGUGUAGGCUAUGAUGUGGACACUAUGGGUCACUGAUAAUGUGAAGACACUUUGAUAUUUGAUCAUUUAUUGGGCUAAGAUACAAUAAAAGUUUUAUACAAUAUAAAAUAAAGCCGAGCCCAGAUCUACUGAAUCAGUUUUUGGACCUAAUACUAAUAUUUGAUAAUACCUAACCAUAGCUUUCAGUGGCCUUGACACUAUAAGCUAUGCUAUUUAUUUAGAAGACUACUGGUGACUAAUUUUGUGAUGGAAUUAAGUGUUUCUACUGACCUGUGAGUAUAGCACUGAUAGCAAGGAGGGAAAAGACAACUUGCAGCUCCUUCCUCCCUAGUACUGCAUCAUCUUGCCAAACACCACCAUGUCUUUCCUUCACCUCGCCUCCAUAUGACCAUUUUGGCGCAUCAUAUUAUCCCUUUAACUUCUUGCCUGCUUCCUUUCGGUGGUUGGGAGUUCUUUGAUACACGAGGGAGAUUGCUAGUGAGAGGCGACCUGUUACCACCACCACCACCACCGUCACCACCGUCAUCAUCCCCACCACCACUCCAGCUCUCAUUACUCCCUAUCCCCACCACCACUUCCUUCCUCCCUCCUCCAUACCCUCCACUAUGUCAUUGCACUGGGUUUCCAUGCAGAUCACUACACCUCUUUAGAGUAACACUUUCCCUUCAAUGAAUGAAUAACUUAUAAUUUUCAUUGACCAUCAUAUUAUAACCAACAACUUCUUAAUGUUUUGCAAAUACUGUAUGUCGAGGCCGGUCUGGCGUAGGCUCCCGCGGGUCCUUUCCUCCCCUCUGCUCUGCCACACAGUCCCAACACCUAUCUCUUCCUCUCAUAUGUAAGCUGUAGGUAACAUAUGAGAGGAAAAAAUAGGUGUUGGGACUGUGUGGCAGAGCAGAGGGGAGAAAUGGACCCGCGGGAGCCAAUGCCCAAAUGGACUCGACAAUUUGGUUUCACUAUAGUACUGUAUUAUCCUUCCAUUCAUUACUGUCUUUUCAAUGCAUCACAGUGUCUUUUUUCAGCCACCUUACCACUUACCUCUAGCUUACCAUUGUGCCAUUUGCCUUCUGAUGCCAGGCACAUUUUAUUCCCCAUCAACUCACUCACUCACUCACCAAAACUAACAUUAAUCUUUCUCUUUUAGACACAGAUAUAAAUGAACAAGGGCUAAUACUUGUCCAAUUCUGUUUGCUGUAGGAGAUCUAUCAAACACAGUGUUUGCUUGUGUGAGUAUUAAAACAACAGUAUACAUUCUUAUAUAUUUACAUUAUAUACAUGGGAUUUAUGAAACACAGACCAGUAAAUAUUCCACAUACCACUAUAUAUACACAUCCUAUAUUAGAGAACUGUCAUCCUUUCCUUUCACUCCACAUUUACCUUUACAAAGUAGUUCAAAAUGCAUAUUUAAAUAAGAACAUUCACUCUCCUUUAUUCCUCACAUCAUGCAGUCUUCCUGUACCUCUCUACCUCAACACACCAGCAGUACUUUUCACAUCUCUCAGUAUGAAAACAUCUUUAAACUUUUUACGUCUCACACUAUGAAACACUUAAAAGUCCAGCACCACUGAAAUAAUCUCUUUAACCCCACGGUACUGCCCACAUAUCUUGUAGGAGUAAAUAAAGUACUUCAUUGCAUUCACUGGUCAUGACAAGUAAAGUAAAUCAUUCCCACAAGGUUCUACAUCAAUUUGUCCUUAGCACCUGGCGAUGGGUAUAAGGGGGUUCACACACCACACACACCUUCCCCCAUACCUGAUAUUCCUUCAUUGUAGUAAUUUGAUUGGGGAGACCUCCAUUAAGCUAAAUUAGUGUCUUAACUAAUUUAAUCAGUAAUAUCUGAUUGUGCCCCUAACUCUACAAUAAAAUAGUGUGAUUAAUGUGUGCAGUGCUGGAUACAAAUAUAUGAAAAGAUGAAUCUUUGUUACAUGCUGAGGAAGGCAAACGUGUCAGUGUUUCCAAGAAUAACACUGAGUUAGGAAGAACUCUAGUUUGCUUGGCCCUGUCUAGAGACUGAUUGUAAUGGACAUUCUUUUCUCAGUUAAUAAUGUAUGAAAGUGUCUGAAAUACAAGGGAGCAUGGUACAAAAUAUUAUUAAAGCCACACAUGUAAAAGAAUUGGAAUGACAACUUCUCCAAAAUGAAGUCGUCAUCAUCUGCAAUGUAAACUGUGGUGGUGGUGGUGGUGGUGGUGGUAGCAAUGAAGAUGAUAACAACCAUGACAAUGAUGAUAGUCAAAAGUAAUGACAAUGAUGAUGACUCUGGUGCUGCUCCUGAAAAGUGAGAUGAGGAUUUUAACCUUUACCAGCAGUAAAAAUUUGGAUUAAGCUCCCCAGUAUUUCAAGACCUCAUACACUGAUCAGUAUUAAAAUCCAGACAUGCACUUAGAUGUAACAUGUGUACUAAAUCAAGCACAAUUAUGUACACCUAGAAACUUGUAGUAGGCAUGAGCAAAACCCUCAUACAUACAAAAUAUUGCAUCAAUCAAGGCCCUGAUGUAACAACUGGCCAUACAACUCACAGCCACAGUGUAUUGUUUUCCCUCACUAGUUUCCUGUUGCUGUCGCUACAGUUUCUGAUAUGUAAGACAUAUUUUUCAAAUGACCUGAGUAUCUCAAGACAGUCAAAUUAUUUGUAGGGGUGUAUAAUUCUAAUGACAAAACUUUAUCCAGCAAGUAACUGAUUCUGACAAAGAUUUCUUACAAUGAAUGAAGAGAUGAAUAUUACCAUGACUCAAUCUGUCACAUUCACCAGACUUUCAAUAUGCAGAAUCUUUAAUCACUGGGAAUGGCGGUGAUGGAAAACUUUGUUUAAAUGUUGGCAAGUACGCGGCACACUUUGGAAAUUAAUGCUGUAUUUUGUGAAAUCUGUCUAGUUUUCUCUCAUUAGUGGUGGUGAAAUGUGCAAAAUUAACCUAAAAUAGUGACUGCCAGGGAUGGAGUAUUCAUAUUUGGUAUUCAUAUUCAAAUACAUUUGAAUACCAUAUCUGGGUAAAUCUGUAUUCGAAUAAUUAUUGAUAGAAAGCAAAGUAUUCUCAUUUGAAUUCAAAUACAAGGGAAAAGUGUUCGUAUUCUGAAAGUAAUCUGACAAAUACUUCAAAAUCUAUGAUCAGAAAUAACAGCCGUUGUUCCUUACAACUCUAGCCUUCUGAGUGGAUGUGGAAUCAUCAUGUAUAAUACAGGUUCAUGAGCUCAUUUUACUGUUGCAUAACUUUGGAGCCAUGUUAUACCCAGUUCUUGAUGGGAGGUAUUUUUCAGUGAAAAGUAUACACCAAUGUAUUCAUGAAUACUUUUAGGAAGUAUUCAUAUUUGUAUUCAAAUUAAAACCAUUUCAUUGUAUUCAAAUUUAUAUUCAUUGGAAUUUGAAUUAUUCGUAUUUGAAUACACAACUCUUGUAUUCACUCCAUCCCUGGUGACAGCUCCCUGUUUUUAUCAUUCAUUUUCUCUGUCUAUCUAUAACUCUGCUGCCCCGUCCCCUCACAGCAGCUUCCCUCAAGGGGGCGGCCACAGCAGCUGUUGCCAAUUUUUCUGUUCUGGCACUCCACCUCCACACACUCAAUCCCUCGCCUACUAACUCUCCCUUUCUCUAACACUCAUCAACUCUGUUAAUCCAUUUUACUGGUGGUGUCCCCCAAUACAAUGCCCCUCACCUUUGCACUCAAACUUUUAUAAACCCAUCAUUCAAUAUCAUGUAUCCAAACUAUCUCAGGACCACGCUUCACCCAUUCAGAUGCUCCACAAUCCACUCACGUUGCUGUACCACCCACUCAAAGCACCAAAAGCCUUUGUUAACCACACCCUAACAUUUUCCAGUCCAAUCUCAUCUAAUAGGAAGUUUUACCGUAUUUCACCUUCAUAUCUCGCUUCUCGCUGAAUAGAUUUCCUCCUAAGUUAAAUGUUCUGUAUGGACUGUGUUCUCCAGGAGCCCUUUUAUUCAUCUCUUACUGACUGUCUCUAUCUCUAAAAUUCUGCGGGGGGCUUCGUGGUGCAGUGGUUAGCACAAUCGGCUUACAACCAAGAGAGCCUGGGUUCCAUUCCCGGGCGGAGUGGAAAAAUUUGGGCGGUGAAUGUGAAUGGGUACCAGGUAUUAAUCGGGGGUUGUGUCCCAUCUCCUGGGAUCUGCUCCCUUCUAUAAUUCCUUCCCCUCCUGUCUCUCUCCGGCAUAUGACCACAGAUGUUGCGCCGACUAAACGAAACUUUCCAAACUUUCUGAAAUUCUGCUGCAGUGUUUCUUCUCUUUCUUCUACCAAUAUUUUCACGGUAACUGCUCUUCUGAAGUUGCAAAUUGAAUGCCUUUGUAACUCUAACAGCUUUGCUUUCUUCUCAAGCUCAUUCCUAUUCUAUCCAAAUCUCUUAUGGAAGAGUUAACCAGCAUCACUUUCACUGGUAAACUUUGAAACAACCUUCCUCUGUAUUUGCUCCCGCCUUGGACUUGAACAGUUUCAGGAGGGGAGUAUCACAAUGCCUCUUACAACAAAAUCAUCCUUCUGGAAUCUUCAAUCAUUAUUUUACAGGAGUUGUGUAGAGCAGAUAUUUUCCAUCUAUAUUUGUUUUCCCUUAGAGCAGCCUCCUUUGCCUUCCUCAUGCUAGUGUUAAAAACGCAAAGCCAAUCAAAUAACAUCAUCUCUCAGUCCCAGUCUACUUGAAGGUCUCCUAAGAUAGUUGGAAGUCAGUUACAGACUAAUCCUCAGCACUAACAUUGUCAAGUGUAAAUAUAUACACAUACAUAUGCAU